UUUGAACAAUAAUUGUCUCUCAUUGGGAUGUCCACGUGGUCAGCAAUUAUAAACAACCACCUGUUGCAUGAUACGUGUGAAUACAUUAGUGCGGCCGGCUCUGGACAUGAAUGGGUCGCGAAUGAAUGAAUGUUACAAACCAAACCAAGACAACUAUAUCCUCGACUUUCUCGAGCUCUCAGGUGAGUUCAUGAUAGGAAAUUUAGUUGUAGUGUAAAUUUCUUCGGCCGAAGCUUGUUGUUUGUCGGUUUAGACGUUAUUUUUCUUAAGAUGGUUUUUCCCUGACUAAAUGCUUUGUUGUACACGCUUGUAAAAGGUGUGUCGGUCAGGACGACUGUAAACUCGUUCUUGGCGACUUUAAACAUAAACCUGAGCAAACAACAUAAAUCGUACGGGUAUUAUUUUAUGUAAAAGUUACCUUUGAAUUAUGUAGUUGUGAAGUUUGAAUCUACUAAGAUUUGUUGGCUGUCUUGCAAGGCGUUUCAUUUGCGGAAGUGGUGUGAGUUGUGUACAAGCUAUCGGUAGAUAUUCAUCGAGAGUAUUUAUAUAGUCUGUUGCAUUUGCCAGAAAGGAGGUUAACAGGGACUUCUUUUCUUUCCGUUUUCCUAUCUCUAAGAUUAACGUCAAUUUUUCCUUGUCAUCGUCCGUGGGGUCGAUGUUUCUUGCGGGUAAUAAUCCUUUCCCUUUUUCGACAGUCUGGUGAAACAUAGUGCAUUUAAAUAAUACUUUCUGUUCAAAAUAUUCCUUUCACUUUCUUUGUCGGCUCGAUCUCUUUUGUUACUUGAAAAAACUUUCGCGCCACUGAAAGUCAAAUUUAUGUUGUUCUGCCACGAAAGUGAAAAUGUGAUUUGCACAUUGCACUGCGGUUCACUUAAUGUGAUAAUGGAUCGUAAUCCAGCACAUCUGGAAGCCAUAGCCGAAAAGUUUUCAUCCUUUUAGUGGAUAAGAUCUCCCAAUUUUGGGUAAACUCAGGCCGAGAUACGUUUCUUUUGACAGGUGCAAUCUGGAAUGUACAUGCUUGGAUAAAACACGAGGGGACAAUGAGACGAGACUUGAACCGAUUUCAUCAACAUACAUUUUCUGUUUCCCUCAUCAAAGUAAGAGUUUGAGUAGAAAAUUUAUACUUAACACGUAAAAUUCGUUUAUUUUUAGAACCAAUGAGAACUUAAGUAAAGGAUACUUGAAAUGUUGUCAACAUAUGUAUUAAUUAUCAACUACCUUUCUUAAAAUAUUGAUUAACAUAAUUUUAUAACUUAGCACAUAUCAAAGCAGAAAGUUUUUAACAUAAGUUUGUUUCUUAGAUAAGGAAAUGUUCGAUCUACCUUGCAUGCAAAAAGGAAAGAGAGAACUUUAUUUAAAAUUUGAUAAAUGUAAGUUUAAGUUCAGGAUACCUCUGUGAACAUGUUUUAUUUUCAGUGCACACAUUUUGUUCAAAAUGGUGCUAGCAAUGCUUUCAGUAUUUUUGGUGUGUUUUAUUUGGUCCAAUUUGGGUACAGUAAUCUAGAAUAUAUUUCUGCCUUGUGAUUUAAUGAUCAUGAGGCAUGUUUCCUUCUUUCCAUUUUACAGUUUUGAGAGUUUUCUUUUGUUGUCUUCAUUCCUAAAUUUUGACACCUGUUGAAUGUAGCUACCUGAAACUGAGAUACAAAAAGCAGCUUUCCAGAAUGAAUUUCUCUUGUUUAGAUAACUGCAGGGUUAAAGGCUCUUGCUACCUUUAGAGAGAGACUGAAACAUGCAGUAAAUUGGGUCAAUUUUGAUAAACAAAAAGCAGAGCUCCACCUAAUACUGAAUAUUUACAAGAGGAAGUGCAUAUUGAGUUUCUGACUCCACAUCAGCUCUUAUUUCAAGGGGAUGGAUGAAAAUAUUAAAAUUGUUCAGCAGUCUUGUGGUAUACAGAGUAUAUGUAUAGAGGAAUAUUUCUUGAAAGAAAAUGGUGUUGUGUGGACAAGUGAAGAAAAUUUUGUUCAAACUAUAAUUUCUACAGUAAUUUGCCCUUAAGUUAAGUAAAACUGUUCAGUCUAAAAUUAAAGACAGUGAAUGCUUUAGUGCUACCAAGAAAUGCUCUGUAUUAUAGAAAAUUGAAUUGUUUUAAUGGUUCAAUUUUGAAUGAUUUGGUUUUGUUUUGUUACAAAAUGAAGCAACAGGUGGAUGUUGCUAAAGUUUGUCAUAAAUUAUGGAAGUAUAAGAGACAUACUUCAAAAUGUGAUAAGUGAUAUAAACUUCUCUGUCUUGAAAUUUUCCCACAGUAUAAAAUCUAUCAUCGGACAAAUAAUUAAUCAUGAGUGGUUUAGAUGGAACAUUAAAGAGUGAGCAUGUGAACAAGAACAACAUAAAUUUGAUAAUCAUACUUCUAUGGAUGGCUAGGGUGAAUUGAUUUCUUUUAUAGAGGGAGGGGAAGUUGAGGAAUUCUUAUCUAUCCCAAAGCUCUCCUUCUAGAUUAUAAAAUAAUAAUGAAAAUAAUAUUUUUAUUUACUUUCAGAAAGUUAAAAUAUAACCCACAAAGAAGUGGUCAUUGAAACUCAAAUAUGCUGAAAGAUUAUUAUGUAAGUAAAAAUAUUACGAUAUUAAUGAUACCAACUUUAAUAAUGAUAAUAAUGAUAAACUAAGAUGAUAAAGUCUUAGUUCAAUACAAGAUAGAAAUUCACAUUUUAAAUUACAAAAGCUACAAAAGAAAAAGGAGGAAAUGGAAAAAAUAUUACAUAACUUGUUAGUUCCUUUCAAUGCUUUGUCAAGUAAACUGAUGAAAAAGUGAUUUAUUGUUAAUUAGGCAGCUUCUAUGUUGAACAACAAAAUUGUGUAAAACAUUUUACUAGAGUCCCUUGAUGAAAGUGCCUCAAUAAAAAUAUAAAGAUCUUAGCCUUUAAGUUUGUACUUAGUCCAAACAUUUAUAUUUUUAAGCCUUCCUCUGGACUACACCUUUAGAACCAAUGUUGUUAAAAAAAAAAUUAAAUGUGUAAAGAAAUUCUUGGAUAUUGGAAAAAGCCAGAUUUACCUCCAGUUUCUCCAUCAAGUUUCUUAAAGACCAAAUUGAUUCAAUCACUGUGGUAUUGGAUUUGUUUGGAAUAAUUUUUUUUUUCAGUCUGAACAUGUUCGUGGGAAAAAAGGUGUGCUUUAAAGUGAAAAAUUUUUUUAAUAAUAUAUUUCUUGCCUGCAAAAAAGUGCAAAGGGCAUUUGUGUGAGAGCAUUAAUCAAAGAGUAGUGUUGUUUGAUUUGCCCACUCAUGGGAAGGUUUGGUUUUUUGUUUUUUUGUUUGUUUUGUUUUGUUUUUUUUUUUUUUUUUGGGGGAGGUUGAGAUUGCUGGCUUAAAUAUAUCUUGGGAUCUCAAAAAGGUUCAAGCAUUUACAUAUGAAAUUAUAAACCAUGCGCCAGUUCCUGGAAGGAUUAAGGUGAAUGAUAAUGAACACAAAAAAGGUAAAGGCAUCUGACUGGUUGAAAAAAAGUGCAUUCUCAUGUAACGCAAGUGCACAGUUGUAACACCCUAAGUGCAAAGUUGUAACAUGAGUGCAAAGUUGUACCACAAGUGCAAAUUACAAAUAGCAUGUGCAUGCUUUCAAAAUUUUGUAUGUCUUGUCUUCUCUGAGAUGUUUUUUCAUCUAAAUUAUUAACAAGUAGUACCAUGACUUCUCUUGCAAUUUAGGGUAAAAAACACUAGUCUUGUAAAUUUUUCAAAGACGGACUUGUGCAAUUUUGUUGUCUUUGAAAAAUUUACUUGUGCUUCUUAACACCAAAUUGCACUUGAAAUCAUGUUUACUUAUUACCUAUAAUUAUAGUUCCAACAAUUAUUGAAAUUCAUAUGGAGUCUCCAUGGAAACCCCUCAUUAGAAUGUUCAAUUUUUACCAAUUUAUAUUUGAGUUCACACUGUUAAAUCAUACAUUUUGAAUACUUUUCUUAAUUCACAUUGUUUUAAUUUUACAUUUUUAACUUCAAAAGAUUGUCUAUGGUUAGUUUUUAGUAAUAUGGCAAGUAAAAGUCAAAAGCUAGCAACAACAUCAGUAUAUAAUGAACAAUAUUAAAAUUAAAUUUCAGAGUUUUCACUGGCUCAGCCAUCAUGGGUUAUGAGCCAUUACACUAUGCAUGCAUGCGCAUGAAGACGAGUUAAGUGUUUUUGCACACUAACAUUACUAAGUGAAUAGUGAAAGAUAACAGACAUGGUUUGAUGCUACUCUGGUUUAAAGAUUUAAUGAAUGUUACUGAGAAGUUACAAUUCAUAGACUCAACGUUUGGACACUCCUGUCUAGUGCCUUCAUCAGGGGUGAUCUAAACGCUGCAACAAGUGGUCCUUUUAUACGCUCACUAAUUAGCUGCCUUUUUUCUGACGGGGUAUAAAUAGGCGUCAGGAAGUAAGCCGCCAUCAUCACGAUUUAAAGGAGCGUGGGCGGAGUUAACAUGCCAGGCCUCCAAACAAAGGCGCUGGUGGUAACGCCGAUAAGUGGUGAUAAUUUUCGACUUAUCCCACCCAAUUUAUGUUGUAUGGCUGGUUAGGCAUGUGUGCUACGGUAAAGCUGAGUUUUCUUUUUUGCAAAGGAAAACCGCUUUUUGAUGCUCUUUCAAACGUGUACCAAACGGACAUUUGGUCUGUCCGAUAUACUCGUUAUCAUAGCAUUGUAAGGAAUAGAAUAACUAGCGUCGGUUCGUUGUUCUUUCAUAACAUGAUUCUUAGGUUUGGUAAAGAUAUGCCCAAAGUCUGAAAAGGUAUUUGAGCAACUUUAACGUUGUGGCUAUUCAAAAUUCUCUUGAUAGGUUCCGUAACAACCUGAAUGUAAGGAAUAACAGCAACACCAGUCGCUGGUUCCCUCUCAUUAGGAGUGCUACAAGUUGUAACUAGUUUUUGGCAGUCAGGCCUACUGAGUAAAGUUUUGGCUACAAACUUUUCAUGGCAAAUAGGGUGGUGAGAAUCGAAAGCGAGAUAUUAGUCGGUGUGGGUAGGUUUACGAUAGACAUUUGUCUCUAAAUUCCCCUGUUCCCCUCUGUACACAUUUAAAUCAAGAAAGGGUAAAUGUCUAUCCUUUUCACGCUUAAGGGUGAAUUGGAUAGACGGCUCUACUGAAUUCAAAUUCGAUACGAGGCGUUCCGCUUCAUUUCCGGCUACCGCAGAAAUAACAUCAUCGACAUAUCGUUUAAAGAAAAAGGGUUUAACCGGUGAAGUGGCUAAGGCCCUUUCUUCGACGUCUUCCAUAACCAUGUUGGCAAUGUCAGCAAAGACGGGCGAACCCAUAGCUGUACUAAAACCUGUUGAUAGUAGGUGCUGAUGCAUGCAAAUUGCGUGGUUUAAAGGCAAAAAGACAGCAGAUGAAUAAUAUCCUCCACAGGCAAAGAAGUUCUUUGUCCUAGGGAUGCAUCUUCUCUGAGUCUCUCCUCCGCAACCUUGACGGCAAGAUCAACUGGGAUUUUUUGUGAAGAGCGAAACAACGUCAAAAGAUACUAAUUCACAAGCGUUAGUAGUUUUAUCUCUAAUAAAAUCCACAAAUUCCUGCGAAUUUGUUUGGAAGCCCGGCAUAUUAACUCCUCCCACGCUCCUUUAAAUCGUGAUGAUGGCGGCUUACUUCCUGACGCCUAUAUACACCUCGUCAGAAAAAAUGCAGCUAAUAAGUGAGCGUAUACUAACUUCGCGGUGACAUUCAUUAAAUCUUUAAACCAGAGUAGCAUCAAACCAUGUCUCGUUCUCCACCUGGUUGCCAUGUGAACUUUAAGAUGUUUUAAACAGAAAGAUAUUUUUCGUCUUGUCCUGUACAUGAAAAUGAACGUCGUAAUAGACCUCGCUUACUGUAAAGUCUCUGUGGCUCAGUGGUAAAGCAUCGGAGCGCGGAAUCCGAAGGUCCGAAGCUCGAUUCCUCAUGGGGACUCAGAAUCUUUUCUUAGUCCCAUGCUCGUGACAAGACGAAAAAUAUCUUUCACUAUUUCUUACCGAGCUCAAAACUUACCAUCUUUCUUAUUCUAUUUAUUACUUAGUAAAGUUGGGAAGAUUUAUCAAUAUUUUAGGGGGUUAUCACAAAACAUUUUUCCGCUUGCGUUUGUUGGAUAUGAGAUGAAAUCGGCCCGUUUUAUCUCAUAUCCGAAGUGUGCUUGUUGAAUAAUUGAGAAACAUACUGUUGAAUAUUAUUUCUAUCAUGCUGUAGAUAGUACAGCAUACUAGUAUGGCGUAACAUGGAGUCUUACCGACCACUACUGUGUGGUGUUGAUUGCAAAUUAAGGCCUAGGAAUGUUUAAUUUGUGUUUGUUUUAGUUUGAAGAUUUGGAGGUGUUGUCCCACACGGCUCGCGAAGUGUGGUUAGCAGAACAGUGCUCAGCCUUUGAAACACAAAUACAGAAAUUGUCACGUGAAAGAGAAAAGGACCAUUUUCUUGAGGAGCUCUAUCGCAAGCUGAAACAAGUGACGCGCCGUUGGCAGUUGUGGAAUCAUAAAUCUUUUGGAGGUGUUACUUCCAGGGGGUUUGUUACGCUUUUCUUUGACAUAAUUUUUUUCAUUUUAUUUUAUACUAAAAUUAAGAGGUACGUAUAUCAGAGGAAGUUGCAUCGUCAUUAAAAUUGGCACAUACUUGUUUCGACAGCUUCUGUGACCUCCUCAAAAACUACUUUGUAUAUCAUAAGUGUGAUUGCGCUCAUUUUCCUAUUUCUUUAUUGAUUUCCUUGUUCUUUCUUUUGAUUGGUCUGUGAUUGUGUAUGAUGUCAUUUGACAGAUAUGUGUCUGAGUUGGCCUCUUGGGAGAGGAAUGUUCAACUUCGUGGAGUGUUGGUACCUAAAAGUCAAUCAAAUUCACGCGACUCCAACGUGCUUCCACGGUUUGAUGAACUCUGCGUUCAUUUCGAGAAUCUCCUCGAAAGUUUCAAACAAGGCAUCUAUCAGCCACUUUCUGACUUUUUUCAAAAUGAAAAAGUACUUUGUCAUCUUAAAAGUGUUCCCAGAGACUUAGAGAAACUUUUGAAUCAAUGGCAUCUUCUUCUUACGUCUGGUGUUAUCGACGAGAGGUUAUUCAGCCCGACUAGUGCCGAAGGACUUUACCCUAUAGGAAUACGAAACCGAUUACACGACUUUGAUCUCGUGUUACGACUUAUUCCCGACCUAACAGAAAAAGCUUACGAAGCGUUGCGACUCGCCCGUCGGUGGAGGUUGAUUGGAAAGACCUCUGCUGUCCAGCGAGAUGAAACUUACAUUAUUUCUAGAGAACAGACAGUUAGGCUGCAAAAGCGUCGCACAUCCAAAGGAUUGAAAAAAGUGAAUACUUUGGAAGAGGAAGUAGAGCAGUCUAAAGCACAGUGCCUCUCUCUUGAAGAGGAACUUAACAAGUCCAAUACUAAAUAUCAGGAAAUUGAGAAAGUGGUCACUGCUUACCGACAGCAAUGCAAUCAGCUGGAAAACGAGCUUGAUGUCGUGAAAAGAAGAUGUGAAUCGCUGAAAGAAAAGCUAGAAAACUCCAAAAAAGAAAAGCGAAGCACGGGUAAUGAGAUAGAGAGCUCUCAGGAGCAUUGUCGUGUCUUACAACAAGAACUAAACACUGCUAGACUCAAGUACUGUACACAGAAAGUGAAAUUUAUUAAUACCAAGAAACGAUGCGUUCGACUAACAAAUCAACUGAAUGCAACCCGAGAACAGAUGACACAACUGGAAUGUGAACUAGAGGCGAGGAAGAAACAGUGCCAGGCACUACAAGUUAAACUGGAAAAUUCCAAGAAAAACAUUUUUACUCAAGGUAACAUGCUGGAUGUACUACAGAACCAGUGUUACAUGCUAAAAGAAGAGUUAGACGGAACAAAAUCCAAGUGUUUAAAGUUAACAUGUGAACUGGAGAAAUCUCAGGACAGAUGUUCUACUCUGGAGAGAAACAUGAACGGGUUACAAGAGCAGUUCCAAACUCUAGAGAUCGAGCUUAGGAGAGCAAAGACACGAGAAGAACUGUUAGUUCAACAGAAUACACAGUUAAGAAAAUUCUUUCAAGGUUUGUGUCAAGGAAGGGUGGUUACUUUAAUUUGUCUUAGUGAUUUAUUAAUCAACAUAUUAGCUUUUCUCUUUGUCGUCACUGUCCAUUGUGCUAAGUACAGAACCUGACGGUAGUAAGGUCCCUACAGGCCGGCAGAUGUUGCAGCUCUUUGUGACUUUUGUGGCUUCUCUCAGUUCAGACGCUCCACUCAGGUUCUUUGCUUAGAAUCCGUUUUCCUUAUGCUCCUCACGGGUUCAGGCGAGGGCAAACCUGUUAUUAUAACAACGGAAAUUGUUAGCAUUUACCUUACUUCACCUUACCUAACCUAACCUAACCUAACCACCAUGAUCAUCAUGCAUAAGUAGAACAUGUUGAUGGUGAAAUGAAACAACAUAUUUACAUGACACACAGUGAGGUUACGAACCUCAGUUUAGUGGUCAGAAGUCAAACUUGGUCAUCUCUGAGGUAUUCAUAGUUAAUAGUCAUCCAUUUGAUGAAUUGGGAAAAUUACCCUUAGAUGAUGCAUACAUGGAAGCGAAAAAAUAAUGAUAAAAAUUUGUCACGAACAUUUAUUUCUGUGUUUUAUAAGGCGUUUACAGGUACUGCUGUGAAAUACGUCAUGGAUAUGGUUACAUGUAAGGUAAAUCAAUGCCUCUAUGAGACUGCAAAGCCAGAUGAAUGAAGCUAAUGAAAGUGAAUCAUGAUUUUACUCUUUAUAGAUAACGGAUUACAAGAACCUAGCUUGUUAAAGGUCAAUUUACACACACCAGACACAGGUACAUGGAUGUAUUUCACAUUUCAUAUGUACUUCUGA